CUGAGGGCGCAGGGCCUCCGGGAGGCAGCUUUGGCGGCUGGGGCGCGCGGAGGGGCGGGGAAGUGAGGGAAGUGCUUUGUUCCCGAGUUGGUUGUAGUGCCUGCGGGCGGCGUGCGCGAGUGGCGCGGAGCCCGGGUGUCGCCCGCCCCCGGGGAGAAGCGCAGGCUGAGCGCGCGGGGGCGGGACUGCAGCACCUGGGAGAGCUUUGGAUCCAGACCCCCUGGCCGCAGAGGUGCCUGGCCAGGCGCUGAUCCCAGGCAACUGUGGCUCCUGCAGGAUCGCUGGGAGCCAGACACAUCAAGGCACAAAGGCUGGAAGGAUGCGGGAGCCAGCAAAGGGAAAGCGAAAGCCGCCCACCAGGCCGGUGACGGGGUGAAGGCGUCGUGCUGCCCUCCAGACGCCGCCGGUACCGGGACCUGCCCCAGUUAGCCUGCUUGGACAAACCUAGCGCGCCGUAGCCAUGGCUAUUGCCCAUCUGGCCACGGAGUACGUGUUCUCAGACUUCUUGCUGAAGGAGCCCACCGAGCCCAAGUUUAAGGGGCUACGGCUGGAGCUGGCGGUGGACAAGAUGGUCACAUGCAUAGCUGUGGGGCUGCCGCUGCUGCUUAUCUCUCUGGCCUUCGCGCAGGAGAUCUCGAUCGGUACCCAAAUAAGCUGUUUCUCCCCAAGUUCUUUCUCCUGGCGUCAGGCUGCCUUUGUGGAUUCUUAUUGCUGGGCUGCUGUUCAACAAAAGAACUCUCUGCAGAGUGAGUCUGGAAACCUUCCAUUGUGGCUGCAUAAGUUUUUCCCCUACAUCCUGUUACUAUUUGCCAUCCUCCUGUACCUGCCCACGUUGUUCUGGCGUUUCACAGCUGCUCCUCAUCUUUGCUCAGACUUGAAGUUUAUCAUGGAAGAACUUGACAAAGUUUACAACCGAGCAAUUAAGGCUGCAAGGAGUGCACGUGACCUGGAUCUCAGAGAUGGUGCCUGCCCAGUUCCAGGUGUUAAUGAGAACAUAGGGCAAAGUUUGUGGGAGAUAUCUGAAAGCCACUUCAAGUACCCAAUUGUGGAACAGUACUUGAAGACAAAGAAAAAUUCCAGUAAUUUGAUUGUCAAGUACAUUGGCUGCCGGCUGAUAACACUCACUGUCAUACUGUUAGCAUGCAUGUACCUGGGGUAUUACUUCAGCCUGUCCUCACUCUCAGAUGAGUUUGUGUGCAGCAUCAAAUCAGGGAUCCUGAGAAACGACAGCACUGUCCCCGAUCAGUUUCAGUGCAAGCUCAUCGCAGUCGGCAUCUUCCAGUUGCUCAGCUUCAUUAACCUCAUGGUGUAUGUGCUGCUGGCCCCUGUGGUUGUCUAUACACUGUUUGUUCCAUUGCGACAGAAGACAGAUGUUCUCAAAGUGUAUGAAAUUCUGCCCACGUUUGAUGUUCUGCAUUUCAAGUCUGAAGGGUACAACGACUUGAGCCUCUACAAUCUUUUCUUGGAGGAGAAUAUAAGUGAACUCAAGUCAUACAAGUGUCUUAAGGUACUGGAGAAUAUUAAAAGCAGUGGUCAGGGGAUCGACCCAAUGCUACUGCUGACUAACCUUGGCAUGAUCAAGAUGGAUAUUGUGGAUGGCAAAUCUCCCAUGUCGGCAGAGACCAAGGGAGAAGCCCAGAUGGCAGAGCUCAAAGAUUUGGACAUACACAGUGAAACUAAAACAAGUAAUGGAGAGAAGAAUGCUCGACAGAGACUUCUAAAUUCUUCUUGCUGAUGAUUUUGUUCUUGAACUACCAAUCUGUGACUUCUGUGACAUGAAUUCAUUUUGGCUAAAGCACCCUGGUUGGGUUCACAGCUGAUCUGUGGUAAAUGAAUGGGUCUUGGUAGAGAGAUUGAGCUUGUCUUACCGAGGAACAUAAUGGGCAGCAAGAUAUUAUGAAGAAUGGUUUGUGACUUUCUUAUGAGAAGCAACAUGAAGAUUGCAAACUCUAGCAAAUAUACAUGUGUUAAGUCUUCAUCAGUGAAAAGAGGAAGGAUUAGUAAGAGCAGUGAAGAGCCAUUCAGAGCUUCGGAAAAACAGCUUUCAGUACCCAUGCUACCACAAGACCGAGAGCUACUAGAAAGCAGGCACUUUGGGAGGUUUGUUUUAUGAAAUAAUAAUAAACAUGUCAGAAUAUAAGUUAAUAUGAAUCUUCUUACAUGCCCUUACUGACUUGGACAAGAAAAGCCUUCACUGGAUAAUUGAGGACCACUAGGUUGACCUGAGCCUGGCAGGGUCCUCAGCUGGGUAUAGUCUGGUGUCUUGGCUCUCAUCCACUUGAUCCGUCUCCACAGUUCCUCGUCAGCCUUGGCCAGUUGUGGCCCUCUCACCACUGUGUGUUUCACUCUGCUGUGAAGGGUCCAAGUGCUCAUCUGGCUGAAAACUUAGUUAAUGAGAUAGAUUAUAAAGGGUGCUCAGUUAAUACCACAGUGACCUCAGUUCAAGAAAAAAGGCUUUGGAAGAGAGCCCAAAGGACAAAUCUGAGAUUACAGAAGAAGCAAAUUCAGUCACUUUCAAAGAGGUUAUCUAUAGAGCGUUGUCAAACACAUCUAAAACAGAAUUCUACUCAAAUAUUAUCAGAACACAGGAAUGUUUACGGUCAAGGACACUUGGCCUAAUAUGAUUAGAGCACAUAAAUGACAUUUGACAUAUGGUGUUCUUGGAGCCAGCAGUAUAUUUUAUUUGUAUUUAAGCACAGCUUCUAAAAAUGUGUUUUCACUCAUACAAUGUCAGAAUUGAGAAUUUUUGAGAAGAACAUCCUAGUAUUGAUGGAAAAUUGUAACAUAAAUGUUACAAAUGGUUGAAUAAGAAUGGAUACACUAUUUCAUAAAUAUUUAAGGCUAACUCAUAAUAUGUUAAAAAAAACUUCACAUUUCUGCCAUGUAAAUAUAUUGUAUGUUCCCAUUUUAUACACAAAAACCUCUAAUCUUUGGUUCUUCCAAUUUAAUUCUUACAACGUUAAUACAUUGCUUACACGAGUAGCCCUCAGGAAGCUCAGAGUUUACUUUUGGCCCUCGAGGAGAGUUGUUUACCUAAUCUGAUAGCAUUCUGGUGAAGAACAGAAGUUGUAUAAGCUGCUAUCUGCCUUUCAGAAUAUACAGAAAAGCAGAUUUUAUUUGUACUUCUGUGACAGCUGAAGAGGACAGCUAAUGACAAAAUAUCAAGGAUGCAAUCAGUGCUUUAAAUUAUUGUCCAUUGCAUGAUAUUUAUUACUCUUGAAUUAUAGUGUGACUUAGAAAUGGCAGUAAUCUAAGUCAUUGAUUUUGCUACUUUUAUAUUGUUGUAUCUGAGAUAAUCUACCAUAAUUCUCUGCUUUCUUUAUUGAAAAUUUGAAAAAAUUUUUAAAAUAUAUUUUUCUAAGUUAUGAUUUUUUUUUUCAGAAGCAGCAUCUUCCCUGUGGACUACCCCUAAUUUGUAUUUUGAAAUGGUAAAAAUGGAUAUUUUGGGGAAACUAGGAACUCUCCAAGUCCUACCACGUAUAAUACUUUCAUCAGAGUUCAAAUAAUUAGGGGCCUUGACCUCUGCUUCACUUAAUUUUCCCAGUCUCACUUUCUGAAUUCCAGUAGGAUCUGCAGUAUCCCAGGAAUCAACUAGGCACUUAGCCAUGCAGAUACAAAUAGGAAGGACCCAUGUUGGAAGACUUGAGAAUCUCGUAAAAGACUACUAAGAAGAGAAAUAUCACCCACAAUAAAAGCCCUGCUAGAAAAUCAUCAAAUGCUCCAUGUUCUUGGGAGACAUCAUAUUGUCUCUCCCCCAACCCCACCUGCCCCCACAUAGCUGAUUUUAAGAAUAUAGUUAUAAUUUUUCCUAGAGGCAGAUGAACCUCUUAAUAGUCACAAAACCUCUAGGUUGACGUUUGGGCAAAACAAUAUCAUAGAUUGUGAUUUUGAACAAUUACCCUCUCUACCUUCCUUCAGGGGAGCAGGGAGAAUAGCUGUGGAGUAGUUGAUGAUGAGCAAUAGCCAUAGCUCUGAAAAGUUGGUGUGGAUACCUGGCUACAUAUCUUGGCCUUGAAAGUUAAUUCUUCUAACCACUGAAUUGUUGGCUUGGUGGACCGCUUUUGGGAGCCCAUCUCUGAGAGCGAGGAGGAAUGCUUUCAUCAGCACUCACUGCCUUAUGAAGGACACACACAGACCCUUAAUGGCCACUCCGGGACUGCUGACUUGGUUUCUGGCUCAUGUCUCCCUCGGGAACUACUGUGAAGCUGCUGAACCGACUCACAACAAUAGUGUGGCAGCUGGGAGCAGCACAAAUAUUCCUAAAACAGUGUUCCAGCACACCUUUAAUUUUAUCAAGCAACAGGCAGAGGCCUCUAAUAUAGAGGUUCUUAAACUAUGGGGGGCUAUAAACCCCUUUGCAAAUAUUUUUAAAGCUACAGACCCUCUCAUACAGACACCAAAAAUUCUAUAUAUGCUUCUACAUCAUUUGAAACAUAACUCCAAGAGGAUCUUACCUGUGUAUCUGAGGAGAAGCAGCUGUGGCCUCUUGGAAGAGCCAGCCCCUCGUAGAGAAUAAGGCUCCUCUGCUCUUGAGGACACUACUUCUGAAUCAGGCCUCAGAUGUGGGUUUGCUUAAUUAAAUCUUAUUUGUGUAUUUUUAAGUAACUGCCUUCAUUUACUAGAGUUAGUCCAAAAAAAGUCAGUAAAAGAGUGAAUGGAGCAGCAGCAGGCCUGGAGUGAGCAGGCAGCUGUUUUUUCCAAGUCACGAGGCUAAUGCCUUGUUGUCUUCUUUAAGUCAUUGUCCCAUCCAGCCUCACCCAGGUGUGGAGAGGGUGGACAUAGCAUGGAUAAAAUGUGUCGUCCUUCUUCAGAGAUGUGCUGUGAGAAAGCUAGAAACUUCCAUCUGUGUGGUGGGUCUGGUUUGCACAUUUAUGCUUUGUGUGUGGAAACUCCGUUUAUUACAUACCCUUUCCCAUCCAGAGUGAGCUGAGGUGGCCUUUGUUCCUGUGAAAAUCUGAGAAAAAGAUUGUCACACACCUUUCCUUUCUAAAAGCCUUUGGGUUUGGUUUAUUUUGCUUAUGUCAGUCUAGGUUAAAUAGGAGAUCUAUGGGGGUGUGGGGAUUAUCUACUGCUGUAUCACCACAAGUUCCUGAAAUAGUGACUCAUACAUAAUAAGUAUCCUAUAAGUACUUGUUGAAUAAAUGAGCAAACUAACUGUGAGAACCAACCCUAGUUUGUUGAUGACUAGUAAUGUAUUUUUAAAGGCAUAUGGUCCUCUGCAAGAGACAGGAGGGAGGGGAGGCUCAUUUAACCUCUUGGUAAAGAGAAGUAUUUCUGCAAAUGACUAGCUCUCCACUGUAAGCACUGAUAGUUCUAGCUUAUUAUUGUGGAGUGAGUCAUGACCACUUUCCAAGUUCAGUACAAGUUUGAUAUUAUCUUGCAGUGAUUAGAGAAAAUGAAGUUUUAAAAGUCCUGGUCUUAUCCCCAGAAUAAGUCUCUUAAAAGGAGAUGUGGAUUGAAAUUUGCAAUUACCAGUAAUAGAGGUUUUAUCUGAGGGUGAGGUUUUAUCUGGGCAAUCGCUGGCAUUUGACCCUAUUUCUCAUAGGAACAGUGAACCCUUUUUUAAAAGAUCGACAAAGAUGUUAUUAUGUUGUGGAAUAUGAUAGAUGUUAAUUCGUGAUUGGUUUUCCUACCUGCUUAUUAAAUGUAUUGUGUUUCUGGGUCCCCGUUAGCUGUAAAAAUACUUUGUCACUAAAGCAUGCAAUUUGAGCAGUCAUUAUUCUUCAGGUUCCAUAAAGUUAUAGAAGUUU